UCUAUCUCUAAAGCUUGUACUGUGUUCUGCGAUAUUAAUAUGAAAACCCUUUUGAAGCUGUAUAAAUACCCUAACACAUGCAACUACUCUCUUACACUCAAACUCUCUAGCUGAUACCAUUACACCCACUGCUUCUCUCUCUGUCUCUGUCUCUCUCUUUCUCUCAACUCAGACAUGGCGGAAUUGGAUUAUUGCCAGCCCAAAAGUAGCCCCAACGCCGCCGCCACGCGCUUAAAGCUCUUCGGCUUCCACGUCGCCGAUGAGGAGGACUCGGCCGUCAGCGACCCCAUUACCAUCAGCGCUAACGGCGGCGGCGGCGGCGGCGGCCGCAAGGCCACGCCGUCGGGGUCGCCGGACGGCGGCGUCCCGGCGGCCGGCGGGGAGCGGAAGUACGAGUGCCAGUACUGCUGCAGGGAAUUCGCCAACUCGCAGGCCCUGGGGGGCCACCAGAACGCGCACAAGAAGGAGCGGCAGCAGCUCAAACGCGCCCAGCUGCACGCCAGCCGGAACGCCGCCGUGUCGUCGCUCGUCCGGAACCCCAUCAUCUCGGCCUUCGCGCCGCCGCCGCACCUGCUGGCCGCCGUGGGGCCGGUGGUGGUGACGGCGGGGGCGCCCACCUCCCCAUCCUGGGUUUACGUCCCGCGUGCCGCCCCGCCCUUCCAAGUGUCGCACGGCUGCGUGUUCGCGAGCGGCCAGGGCGCGGGCGGGAGAUCGGCGGGCGGUCUGGUGCCGUACGGCGUAGGCGUAGGGGACCCGUCGGGGCAGCAGGUCCAGAAUCAGGUCAAUGGGAGGGCGGUCCUCGACGGGCUUUCAUUGAGCAAGUUUUCAAAAGGAAGUGGUGGGGGUGGGCCUGGUUUUGAUGACGCUUUGGGGCUUGACCUGCAUCUGAGCCUGGCUCCGGCCGCACCGUGACCGGAGGACACGGGUCCGCUCGGCUAGCUGCUCGGGAUAAAUUAGGGUUGAAUCGUGUUGGGAUAAUCUAGAAGUGCUGAUUCAAGUUCAGGUUCGGGUUCGGUUCGGAUAUAGGCAGAUGGAUCCUUUGUACAUCUCUCUUUAAGGAAUUAAUUCGAUUUAUUAUUUUUUUCUA